GUGGCAAGCUAGGGCGUCUGGGUAAUGGGGUUUGCAAGCUAAGGGGCGCGUUCCUGAGCGGUUUCUGGUCCGAUUCCUAGGAGCGCUGCGUCCUGUCAGCCUUGUCUCUAACCACAGACUCCGUCCCGAGACAGGAGAAAUGCUGGGGUUAACAGCCUCUCGCUAGGCUCUCACAGAUGCAGGAUGGAAGAACCGGCCACAGGGAGACCCGGAGAAAUCAAAGGCCCUAACAUGGCGGACAAUUUGCAAUCUGCUUCCGGAAUUUAAAACCAGCUUCCGGAAGCCAAGACGGUGUUCCCAUGACAACGAACGUCGGUUCUUUGAGGUCCUUGCAUUAGAGCCAGGGAAACAGCUGAUUUGGAAAAACUAAACAUCUCUCCCUGAGUUCUGGGCAGAGAGAGAACCAGAAGAUAUUUUCUUCAGAAUUGUGGAAUGUACCCGUGGGAGUCACAAAAAUCAGACAGAAGAUGCUCCAGACCAGUAACUACAGCAUGGUGCUGUCCCUGCAGUUCCUGUUGCUGUCCUAUGACCUGUUUGUCAAUUCCUUCUCGGAGCUACUCCGAAUGGCUCCUGUUAUCCAGCUCGUGCUGUUCAUCAUCCAGGAUAUUGCAAUCCUCUUCAACAUCAUCAUAAUUUUCCUCAUGUUCUUCAACACCUUCGUCUUCCAGGCUGGCCUGGUCAACCUUCUAUUCCAUAAGUUCAAAGGGACCAUCAUUCUGACAUCCGUGUACCUUGCCCUCAGCAUCUCCCUACAUGUCUGGGUCAUGGAUAUAAAAACUCAUGAGAUACACAAGACAUAGAAGAAUUAGGGAAGCUGAAGUCAGAAGCCAUGAGAAGCAGAUGUGAUCUGGGACCUGUGUGAGAUAGAUGCUUUCUAUUCAAGCUGUUGGUCUGGUUACACCCUACCUGUAUGAAGGCUUGACAGAAAAACUACAAAAAGCCAAAGCAAAACACCGCAAGAUCAUAGUGAGGGCUGGGGAUACAGCUCAGCAGCAGGCAUGUACCUGGCAGGCUGUGACUGCAUUUGAUCAAACCCUGUUCUAUUAAAAGAAAAUCCAGCUAGAAGUUUCCUCUGGAAGUGCUGUUAUUCUUCGACAUGGUUCAGAAUCUUUGGUAAGAAGUAGGUAAGAUGAAGGUGUCCUGGCUGUGACAAACCAUAAGGCACGUUUGCCUAGCAAUCUGUGUUGAGGAUCCAGGGACUUUUCUGUUUGUAACAAGUUACCUUUGCCUCAGAUAAGCCUACCUGCGUGAAAACAGGAAGUCAGUCAGUUUUGCCAUGGGCUAUAUGAGUACGUGGGUGUUGACAGAGGUUUAGGUGUUAGUGUCCUGGGAUUGAUGUUACAGGCAUUGGGUGUUUCUGGGAAACAGCCAUGCGGGAGUGUGGCUUUUCUCUAUGCCCUGAGCAGAGUCCCCACCUGGAAACUUUACACUGGAAACUCAGCCUCCCAUGCUUCUCUUCAGUUUGCCUGUAGGCCCCCGAUCAGAUCCAGUCCUCAGGGUUUCAGACUGCUUUUUUUUUAUUAUAAUUUGAAGCUGUAGUUGUGCAUGCCUUUAAUCCCAGUACUCAGGAGGCAGAGGAAGGAGAGUGUCUGUGAGUUUGAGGUCAGCCUGGCCUACAGAGCAAGUUCUAGGGCAGCUAAGGCUACAUAGAAAAAUCUUGUCUCAACAGGAUUUGAAAGUGUAUGACACCUGUAAUCCCAGCACUUGGGGGGCAGAGGCAGGCCGAGUUCUGAGUUCGAGUCCAGCUUGGUCUACAGAGUGAGUUCCAGGACAGCCAGGACCACAAAGAGAAACCCUGUCUUGAAAAACCAAAAAAAAAAAAAGUGUAUGACAGUGUGUGUGUGUGUGUGCGCGCGCACACACGCACACAUUCGGGUAGAAGAGUGGGGUACUCCAGGUCUUAGAUCUGUAGCUGGAGUUACAGAGAGUGUGAAACACACCUUGUGGACACUAGGAAGUGAAUUCUGUUUUUCUAGAAGAGCAGCAAAUGCUCUUAACUGUUCUGGGAAGGUCCUGCAGGCCUUUAUUGUUUUCCAUUUCUUCUGCUUUACAGAUUCUUUCAUCUCUUUGGAUAGCUCUUGUGUCUCCUAUGUGCUUGUUUUGAUGGAGUUCAUUACAAUUCUUGACUCUGAGUUAGGGGUGUGGCUCCAGGGUUGUGGUUCUCAGCACCACCAUCAAAAUGGCAGAACCUUGGUCUCUAGUCACUUUUUCACUUUCUCUGGACCCACCAAGUGGGUGCCCCUGGCGUGCCACAGGAAGGCAAUAGAGCAGUGUGCAAGGGUCAAGGGGCGUCCUCUGUCAGGGCCUGCACUCCACUUCCUUAAGCUGGUGAUGUCAUUAAGCCUGAGGCUGACUGCACCAAAGCACUGAGCCUGAGGUUCUGCCGGCUGAACAGUGAGCAGAGACACUUCUGAGAUCAUUUCUCCUUGACAGAUAAAUCCCGCAGUGCGGGCUCAGAGGAGACCCCCUUGAAGCCAAAGACACAAAGAGCAGGAGGUGGCUAAGACACAAAGAGCAGGAGGUGGCUGAGAGCUCGCAAGAUGGCUAAGCAGGCUAAGGAAUUUCCCGCCAAGCUGGACGCUCUGAAUUUUGAUCCCUGGGACCCACAUGAUAGAAGGAGGGAACUGACUCUGUGCAUGCUAUUGUACACUGGCACAUACAUAUGUACACACACACAAACACACACACACACACACAGAAUUUUAAGAAAUUAUUUUGAGGGACUGGAGAGAUGGCUCAGCAGUUAAGAGCACUGACUGCUUUACUGAAGGUCCUAAGUUCAAAUCCCAGCAACCACAUGGUGGCUCACAACCAACUGUAAUGAGAUCUGACUUCCUCUUCUAGAGUGUCUGAAGACAGCUAAAGUAUACUUACAUAUAAUAAAUAAAAUAAAUCUUUAAAAAAAUUAUUUUGAAAAAGAGUCUAACUAUUCAUAGUUCUGGCUGGCCUGGAACUCACUAUAAAUGGUCUGCACCACCACGACUAACUAAAAAUUCUAUUUAUUUAUUUUAUGCCUAUGAGAGUGUUUGCCUGCAUGUGUGCGUCUAGUGUCCACAGAGGCCAGAAGAGAGCAUUGGAUCCCUUGGAACUAGAGUUAUAGGAGGUUGUGUACUAUUAUAGAGGUCCCGGGAACUGAACCUAGGUCAAUAUGCUCUUAAGCACUCAGCUAUCU